AUGCAGCACCUCCUCCUUACUGCUGCAGCUGUAGCCUCGCUAUUCGGUUCGGCUGUUGCAGCGCCGAAGAAUGGCUCCAAUGUUGAGACAUCGAGUGGUACCUUGAUUGGUCACCCAUCGUCUAACAAGACACAUGUGACCGAGUUUCUGGGUAUCCGAUAUGCAGAGGCGCCAGUCGGCGAGUUGAGAUUUGCUGCGCCGAAGAAGUACGAUGCGCCAGCAGGAACUGUCUUCGAGGCAUCUGAGUGGGUUAGUAAUCGCAAUAUCGCCAACAUGGAUGACUGCCCUGCUGUCAAGCCGCCAGUGUCCGCCUUCCCCAACUUCACACAGCCAUCCGGUCUGCGUGUGUGGAAGAACUUUGCAGCCCAGAACAACAACUCUGUAUCUGAGGAUUGUCUGAAGCUCAAUGUCUGGACGGCAAGUGCUGGUGAUGCGGACGCGAAGAAGCCAGUGCUAGUGUUUCUUCACGGAGGACGUUUCCAGAUUCCUGGUCCUCACUCUCCCUUCUACAACGGCCAAUACCUAGCUGACGCUGAGGAUGUGGUCGUUGUGACAUUCAACUACCGAUUAGGUAUCUUCGGCUUCGCUGGCGCCCCUGGUGUGGAGAAGAACGCCGCGCUGCGCGAUCACCGUACCGCUGUCGAAUGGGUGCGCGAUAACAUCGCUGGUUUCGGAGGCGACCCAUCGCGUAUUGUCAUCUUCGGACAAAGCGCAGGCGGUGCUGCCGUCGACUACUGGGCCUACGCCUGGAAGAAUGACCCGAUCGUUUCUGGCCUCAUCCCCAUGUCUGGAACCUCCCUGAGCUUCGUCCCCAACACUGUCGAGUACUCGCAGUCCAUCUGGUACAAUGUGUCCCAGACCAUCGGCUGUGGCGGCGCUGCAGAUGACGCUGCAGCAGUUGUGUCUUGCGUGCGCUCUGCAAACAUGUCUGCUCUUCUGGCUGCCUCCGCAAAGGUUCCUGGUCUCCCAAGUGUGGCUUUGACUCAAGCAACUUUCCACCCGACUGUGGACAACAUUACGGUCUUUGAAGAUUACCAACAACUCUCUUCCGAUGGCUGUUUUGCCAAGAUUCCACUCUUGGUUGGUAACGCCGACCAUGAAGAUGGCUGGUAUCGCAUCUCUGGGUGGGCGGCCAAGCUGAACUUUACCAAUGCACAAUGGGAUCUGUUCACUCAGCGCGGUUUCACGUGUCCAACCUCUCUGUCCGCUGCAUACCGGGCUCAGUAUGAUGUGCCUACCUGGCGAUACAGAUACCACGGUGAUUGGGAUAACCUUCGCCUCUACAACGGCAGCGCAGGUCUUGGUUCCCAAGGAAGCGCUGCAUACCAUGGCUCCGAUCUUGGCUUGGUCUUCGGCACUGUUCAGGACAUCUCUGGUCUACCCAAUUCUCCUGCCGAGAACCAGUACACGAAAUAUAUCCAGGGUGCCUGGGGUGCUUUUGCCCGGGACUCACAAAAAGGAUUGACUGAAUAUGGAUGGCCUUUGUACAACUCAGGCAAUGCCACACUCGUCGAGCUGGCCUACAACAACGACGCGACGCCCAAGUUUGUCAACCCCAAAAUCUAUGACGCGUCGUGUCCCGCGAAGAACGACCCUCUGCCCGGGCGAGGCGCCUUCUAG